UGACGCUGACGGAGAGUCACGAGCGCUCGUUCCUUGCGGGAGACCUCGCCUGGCUGCUGCAAGUUUCCUGCUCUGUGCACCUGGGACGAUGUGGGCUCUGGCGCUGCCUUUGCUCCUGGCCGCCGGCUGUGCGGUGGUGGCCGAGCCCGUCAGGUUCCUGGAUUGCGGUUCCAAAGAUGGAAGCAUCAAAGAGGUCAAUGUGAGUCCUUGCCCCACCGAACCUUGUAUGCUUCAUAAAGGGGAUUCCUACACAGUCAAUGUCACAUUUUCUAGUAAAAUUGACAGCCAAGGCAGCCAAGCAAAGGUGUAUGGAGAGCUGCUACAUGUGCCAAUUGCCUUUCCACUAGACCAGCCUGAUGGAUGCAAAUGUGGGAUCCAGUGUCCUAUCCAGACAGGCCAUUCUUAUGUCUACCUGAACAAACUUCCAGUGAAGACUGAAUAUCCAUCUCUGAAAUUAGUUGUCAGAUGGGAACUGCUUGAUGAUCAAAACCAGAUGUUAUUCUGCUGGAGGAUUCCUGUCCAAAUCGUCAGCUAAGGAACCCCUGCAGUUUACUGGGGAAGGGAAGAGGUUGUUGGAUGCAGACAGAAGAGCCAAGUACUUUGCUGUAAGAAGCGUUACUUAUUUUGAUUUACACAGCUACUGUCUUCCCAAGGUGUAGAUGAAGCAGGGGGCCAGUGGCCAGGCCAGAAUGAGCCCAAGAAGGUCGGGAUGGUUGGCAGAAGUCUUAGCUUAAUUCAGGGGAACAUUCAUGUAGCUGCUGAUGAAAGGGACUGAAAUAGAGCACACAUCUGGAAAGGACUUUUCCUAUAAGGAAACUGGGCCAGCAAACAUCAGACAUCAGGACUACUAUUGUUCAUCGACACUAUGGCAGGCAUCUCGGCUCCGGCUCCCUUUCCCAGCUCUGCCAUUCCUGGACUUUCCUUGGACCUGCUUUUGUCAUCUGGAGCCCAAAGGAAACUGAAUAGAAAUACCUUCUGUGGCUACUUGUGUCAAAGAAGGGAAAAGUUCUCCUGAAAAUAGAUGCUAAGCCAAAAUGGCAUUUGAUUUCUAUGCAGAGAUAACUUGCAUUAACCAAUGCUUUGCACUAUCUUGUUAACUGGAGUUGCUGGGAAAAGUGCUAUCUCAAUCCCAGCCUCUUUUUAUAACUCUUCUGUUAAUAAAAUGUUACAAACAAA